GGCAUCCAUGACUCCUUCCUGAGCCUGACUCAACUUGCCCAAGGGGCACAGGGGCCCAAGGAACAUGACUACGGCAGAUCAGACCAACCCAGGCCUCUCCUCUGUCCCCUCUGCUGUGCAUACCCAAGGUGCCCCAGGAUUCAUCCAGGAUGUCUGGGACAAGAUCCCCUUACCUCGAUGGCUGCUUAUCACCGUCUUUGCGGGAGUUGCCUUCCUGCUGGUCUCCUGCUUGCUCUGCAUCGUCUGCUGCUGCUGUCGGAGGCGAAGGAAGAAGAGGGUGAAAAAGGAGACUGUGGGCCUGAGCAGGGCCUCAAAUUCCACCAGUGCCCACCUGGUGCAGCCCGAUGUGGAUGAUGUGGAGCUGGGGCUGGCUGACCCAAAGCGGGGACGGGUGCAGGUCUCCCUGGAAUACAACUUUCGGAGCCAGGAGCUGAGGGUCGGCCUGAAGGAGGCUGCUGAUCUAAAGGCCCUGCAGGCUGCUGGUAUGUCUGACCCCUAUGCCAAGAUCUACCUGACUUCAGACCCCCAGAAGAUUCACGAGACCAAGGUGCACCGGCAGACACUCAGCCCUGUCUUCAAUGAGAGCUGUGUCUUCCAGGUGUCCCAAGCAGAGCUGCCUGAGGCCAUCCUAGUGAUUCAGGUCCUAGACUUCCACCGCUUCUCUCCCCAUGCCCCAGUCGGGGAGCUCCUAAUUCCCCUGGGCACGAGUGAUCUUCAACACGUCUUGGAGCAGUGGUAUGAGCUGGGACCACCAGGCCAGGCUGAGCAGGAGCAGAUGGGGGAGCUGUGCUUCUCUCUCCGCUACGUCCCCAGCACAGGAAAGCUGACGGUGGUGGUCCUGGAGGCUCGAGGCCUGCGGCAGGGGCUGCCAGACUCCUAUGUGAAGGUUCAGCUCCUCCUGAACCGGAAAAGGUGGAAGAAGAAGAAGACAAGCAUGAAGAGAAACACGUCCAGCCCCUAUUUCAAUGAAGCCUUCACCUUUCUGGUGCCGUUCAGUCAGAUCCAGAACGUGGACCUGCUGGUAUCCGUCUGGGGCCACAGCCGUGUGUCCAGGGGGGAGCCCUUGGGGAAGCUCCUCCUGGGCUGCCGAGCCAGCGGCCACCAGCUGCACCACUGGUCAGACAUGCUGGCCCACGCCCGGCGGCCCAUAGCCCAGUGGCACAGACUGCAGUCCCCUGAGGAGGUGGACAAGGCACUGCAGAUAAAGAAGGGCCCGAGGCUCCCUCUGCCUGGCUCCUAG